AGCGCGAGGAGCAGCGGCACAACCGACCCGGUAACGGACCCGCUGCUCCUCCCUGCCGGGCUCACGGCUCCUCCCGGCCGCCAGGGGGCGAUGGCGGCGCGGCUGGGGAAGCGGAAGUCGCUGUGCGCCCAGCGGGAUGACGGCGCGGCCUAUGAAGGCUCCGGGUCGGCCAUGCAGGGCAGGGAUCUGCGAUGGGAGACGCUGGAAGCGCUGCGAGCGUCCAGCAAAGGGCGGCUCAAAUACUGCCGGCACUCGGACAGGGACGAGGACAUCUUGGAGGGAUGCAUCUCCCCUCUGAUGCUGACCUCGUACGCCGGGUGGGUCCUGGACAAGAUGGCCGGUUCGGCGGCCCAGACAGCGGCACCGCCCGGUUCUGCACCCAAAGGUGCCGCUCCGCGAUCAGAUCCGGCGGCUGAGAAGAGCUCGGAGUCCGGCUGCGAGGAGGGGCAGGGAUCCGCAGCUGCAGCGAGGAGCCAAACCAAGGGACACAACGAUCCCGCUGUGCUGGAGGUGAAUGUCGAAGUCCUUCCCAUCCCUCCUGUAUCUAAAAUGGCGAAAGUUGAAGGCUGCAUUCAGAUGUAUGAGGAGAUAUACAGGAUGAAGGGAAGGGAGAGGCUGCGGCAGCGGCAGGAGCAGCAGGAGCAGAUGGUGAGAGCAGCGUACGACAUGGCGAGGGAACAGCUGAAACGCUUCGAUGAGAUGAAGGAGCUGAAGCGGCGUCAGGAGAUCCAGGAACUGCGGGAAGUGAUGGAGAAGAGUUUGAAGGAAACUCAGGGACAGCAAGAGAAGCUGAAAGAAGAGCAUCGGCACAGAGCAAAGAUACUGAACCUAAAGCUGCGCGAGGCAGAGCAGCAGAGGCAGCGCCAGGAGGAGCAGGAGCGGCUGCGUAGGGAAGAAGGCCAGGAAAGAUUACGUCGCCUUUAUUCCAUUCAGGAGGAACUGCUGCAGCUGAACCAGCAGAUUGAUCCCAAUUACAAGCACAAGGACCUGCCGAAAAUUGACCUUUCUGCAUAUAGCAAUCGAGGCAACCAGAUCUGUGGGCUGGUGUCAGAGCUCAUCCGAACCACAAGUGAGAGAGGUUUCCCUUCCCAGCUGGAUGUGGCCAAUACCGAACAAGCCCUGAAGGAAAUGCGAGGGCUGGUCUCCAACAUGCAGCAGGAAAUCGCUGCAGCAGUGGAAGAAAAGAAGAGGAGAGAUGAGCAGGAAAAGAAACAGAAGCAGGAGGAGUUACUGAAGAAGCAACAGGCAGAAGCUCAGACUCCUGCCCCUGCACAGCCAGCGGGAGGGAAGCAGCAGAAGGACGCACUUUCAGUUAAGGCAGGGGAAGACACUAUGAAACGGUACCAACAGCUUCAAGAUGCUGCGGCCCAGUGUGCUGCUGCUUUCAGUGCAAUGAGCAGCUCCAAAGACAGCGAGGUCAGGAAGAUAAGAAUGGAACUGCAGAAAGCUGUUACCAUCCCUGUGAGCCAGAUCUCGACCAUUGCAGGCUCUCAGCUAAGACAGAUAUUUGACAAGCUCAAUAACUUGCUCUCUGGAAAGCCUGUUCAGAGCGUAGGGGAAACUGUAUUGGUGACUCAGCUCCCACAAGGCCUGGAUUUUGUUUAUUACAAGCUUGCAGAGAAAUUUGUGAAACAAGGAGAAGAAGAGGUUGCUUCUCACCGUGAGUCAGCCUUCCCGAUUGCACUGGUGAUAUCAGGGAUCUGGGAAAUGCACCCUCGAGUCGGAGAGCUCUUCUUAGCUCACCUGCACAAGGCGUGCCCCUAUUCCGUGCCAUUCUACCCUGCAUACAAGGAGGGGACUUCUAUGGAAGAAUAUCAGAGGAUGCUGGGGUAUCAUGUUCAGGAUUCUAAGAUGGAAGAGGAAGAUCAUUUUCUUAAGCGGAUGUCAGGACUGAUUCGUCUGUACGCUGCUCUCAUUCAGCUCCGCUGGCCUUAUGGGAACAAACAAGGGGCACAUCCUCAUGGGCUGAACUAUGGCUGGUGCUGGCUCGCUCAGAUGCUGAACAUGGAACCUCUGGUGGUGGUGACAGCCACGCUGCUCUAUGAUUUCCUGGAGGUGUGUGGCAAUGCUCUGAUGAAACAAUACCACGUUCAGUUCUGGAAGCUGUUGUUGCUGAUGCAAGAAGACUACAUCCCACGGAUUGAAGCAAUUACCAACGUUGGACAGAAGGCCUCUUUAACGCGUUUCAAGCAAUUCCUGGAGGAAAGCCUCCAGAAGAAGGACAUCCCGUUACCAAAGGGCUUCCUGCAGCCUUCCUUUUGGAGGUCCUGAAUUGCUGCACUCUUCAUCCUCCCUGGAUAUCAAUGCUGGCAGAGCUGCUUCUUAAGUGCACGCGUUGGACUGUGAUGGACAGGGAGUUCACGUUCCAUCCAUUGGUUUCAGUUUAAUAAGAAGUUUAUGUUGGACAGAACAGAGUCUCGUUUGAUUUGUUGGAAGUGAUGGAAGCUGUUCUUUGUGUUUUUAUAAGCUUUUGUAUAGUAAAUUAUGGACCACUGAGGAUUUUUCCUUUUUUAGAAGUGCAGAAGAUGCUUUAAAUGCAGCAUUUCUGAUUACUAAUAGACUUCAGAAUUGAAACAUUUGCUUGGUGCUGUUCUGUUCACAAAAUGAAAAUACCUCAAAGCCGUAAGGAGUCUUAACAGAGCAAUCAAUCAUGGAAACACGCUGGGGAGACUUUAAGUUUUAUUAUUUAUUGCAUCUCGCUAUUAUGAUUUGUUUUCAGCUCUGGUGAUGCAUUUGCAUCCUGUUUCUUACAAACAACAUCUUGAGAUGGUUGGUGAAAGGUAUUUGGCCAGUCAGCCUUGACAUUUGUCUCUGUUGAAUGUAACGUUGCUCCAAGUGCUCUUGGUUUAAGAGAGGUUGUAAAAGCUGUGUGUGAAUGUAACUCAGUGAGUUCCUGGAGCUACAGAAAUGCCUGUUGUCCGCUGAGUGAAUGGAAAUUAAUAGUUAUUUUAUUAAAAAAAGCAGUGGAAAGAUGCAUUCCUCGCAGCACUUUGUCCAAUGUUCUGCCAUCACUUUAGGGGGAGGUGGCAUAUUGAGUUCCUGCAGUGCUCUGUAUCACAUCUUACAAGCGCCUUUUAAUGUCAGCAUAUUCAUUCCGACUUUAUGCUGUUUUUAUCAAGUACUGUAAUACUUUUAUACCAGCGGUGGAUUAUUCUGAGAAUAGUUCAUUUUUAAAUGUCUGUUUGCUAUUAAAAUAUGUAUUAACUUUCUCUUUCGUGCUAA